AUGGGUAUUUCUCUUAAUGCUGGGUUUAAUGCUGCACUUUCAUACCGUAACUUCACUGUGGCUGGUGACAUGCAUGUUGAAAUUGUGACGAAGGAGACGACAGUUGAGGACGUCGGUGAUACUGUUGAGAAGGCACUAAGUAACGACCCUCGCAUUAUUGCCUUGUAUGNUUCACAAUGUUACACUACCAGUGCUGUUCUACUUGCACCUCUGAAUGGAGUCUCGUUUGUUAUGACUGACAGCCAGCUUGCAAUUGAAGCAUUAAGUUCCAUGCGUAUUGGCGUAAUGGCUGCCUGGGAUGAUGUUGAUCCUACUGCUACUCAUCCUCUUAAGCUGCAGACCUCUAUCACUACAACACAUGAUGCACAUAACGCAUUGCUAAGUGAGCUGAAGGUAAAGCGUGUUCACACAGUAGGUGGCAUUGCCACGGAGGCGAUGUUGGAUGUCCCGAAUGUGAACUUCAUUGACCCACUGUUUCUGGAGCCGCGGCUGAACAAGUUCAGG